CUGUCUGUGAGAGAUUUUAUCAACUAGUUGUGCCGAAGAUGGCGACAUGUGAGUGUUGUGGGGAAAGAUGGUGAGGUGGAAAGUAAGCUAUUUAGUGACUUAUUUCAAUGUGUGUUGUGUAUAAUGUCAGAACAAAACCGUGCAACAUUAACACCUUUUGGAAAAAGUGAUAAAAAAUCCAAGAAGUCACCCCGUCAAACGUUUAGAUUAAGUUUUAUUCUGUCAGACCCAAAUGAAGAUUCGUGUCCUGUGUUUGACUACGGGUCUGUUGUGAAGUCAAAAGAGGAAAAGAUUAUCAAGAAAAAAGAAGAAGUUUAUGAAGAGAAAAAAAGAAAACCUAAUGGUGUAUUAGAUUCGUUUGAUGAUGAUGAAGAGAAAGAAAUUAAGAGACUCGCAGCAGCAUUUGAAGAGAAAUAUGGUGAUAAGAAAGGUAAGCCUAAGAAAGGUAGGCCUAAAAGUAAAUCCUACGCAGAACUUGGUGCUGGCUAUGAUGAGACUGAUCCCUUCAUCGAUAACACAGAAGCUUAUGAUGAAGCUCUGGAGGAGAACCAGGAGACUCUUUACGGAGGCUAUUAUAUCAACAGUGGGCCCUUGGAACUCAAGAGGGUCCAGACAUCUGACCAGUCUGAUGCGGAGGAGUUUGGAAAACGCAGACACAAGAGAGGACUUCCGAUGGUAGAAGAAGAAGAGGAGGAGGAAGAUGAGGAAGAAGAGGAGGAUGAGAGUCCUGAGAAGGAAGAGACAAUUGAAGAAACAGAAAAGAAGCCCAUCAUCGAUGAAGGUCCAACUGAAGCUAAGAAAGCAAGAUUGACCGAUGAACUGGACCAAAUAGAAGAAAAACCCAGUUCGGUAUUAAAUGAGUCAGAAGAACCAGUGAAAAAGAAGAAAAAGAGGUUAAUAACAGAUGAUACCGAGAGUUGUGGUGUUUUAACUCUCCUGGAAGAGAAAAGGGUCAAAGAGAUACCUCCUCCAGUCCCUGAAGAGCCCAAGAAACAAAUUGCCAGCAGUACAAGUAUUUGUGAAGCUAUAGAAUCAGUUGUCAAUGCAGGGAACAAUGAUGAUAACUCAAACAGCUCUCAUAGUACACAUUCAGGUUCUGGUUCGACAUCCACUACAGAGAAUAGCGAAGAAGGCAAGUCAGGCUCCCAGAAUAUACCACCGCCACUGCCAGAAAACCUUCCCCCAGAGUUGAUGACCCUGGUCGAACAGAUCAGGCGCACAGCUGCAAUCACCGACAACACACGCAAUACUUUCUGUACAGACAUCAACAUUGCUCUGGUCAGAUUGGAAUGGAAGACAAGAGAAUUCUCAGCAACGAACCGUAAUUUGUUGUUUGCACAUCUUGCCUUUUUUCUACCUUGUACCAAAGACACACUGAUGCGGAGAGCCAAGAAACUGUUCAUACAUGAAGAAGAGAGCAGGAUAGAUACUGUCAUUUGCAAAUUAAAAGCUACUAUUGAUGCCACUAUGCCGUCACUGUUGGAAAAAUACGAAAAAGAAUGCCAAAGGAUAGCUGAAGAAAAGGGAAUUGCUGCGCCACAAAACAAUGGAGUCCAACUAUCAGAAUUCCAACAGACACCAGAUUCAGCUUCUGCAAAACUACCUAAAAGAAAAUUCCCAUGGACAGAGGAAACUAGGGGUUACUUGAAGGAGAUUGUAAGACUGAAGAGCAUGUGUUUUAAAGUAUUAAAACCACGCAAGAACACCCAUGAAGAGUAUAUAAAUACAUUUUUGCACACUAAAGUGCGAAUGUUGUGGCCUCAAGGUUGGAUGAGGACAUCGACUUUACAUCGGGAAAUCACUCGUUCUCCAACAAGUGGAAAGUCUAAGCACACAUCGAGUCACAGCCCGACUAAAAGUGACUCUGCCAGACUGAAUAUUUCUGUGAGUUGUCCAUCAGCCAACCCCAAAACCAGUCCCAGCAAUGGUACCCCGCACCCUUUGUACGUGUCUACGAGUGCGAGCAGCGAUGUAUCCCCUCACACUCCUCAUGCGGCCAAGAGUGCCAAUCCGCUCAAUCUCUUGACUAAAAUAACCUCAUCAUUGGAUACAUCUCCCAGUCAUCAGAAGAAACCUUACUCCUCACCAUCACACCAACAGACCAUCAAGACGGAAAAACCGGAGUCAUUUUCAAUGGACUGCCUCUUAAAAAGGACCAAUGAGAACAGUAGCUGUAACGAUUAUAAUACUACCUUGUCCGAUCUUCUGAAACAAGACAGUGUUAUAAUGAAUGGUGCAUCACUGCCUUUAACAAAUGUAAAUAGUAGUCAAACGAACAAUUGUAAGAGUGAAAAGAUUUUAGACCUGUCUAGUUGCAAUAGUAGUAUAAGUGGGACACCAAGUGUUAUUCAUAGUGUAUCGAAUAAUGAGAGAACAACAUUGCGUGCCAGUGAUAGUGUCAGUUUGAGUGCCAACAUGUCUGAUACCAACAAGCAUCAUCCAAACACACCCUCACCCUGCAGAAAAGAGGUCAGCUCAGACUUACCAAUUAGCCGUAAACAAAGACUUCUGCAACUCAAUACUCAGUCUAACUGGCACUUGCAAAAUAAUUGUGAUAGCAAUGUUAUUAAAAAGACUGAUAACAGGUGGCCACAUACUGCUCAGAAGAACACUGCCGUUGUAGAGAGCAGCAAGAAGAGUGCGAACACUGAACGACGAAUGAGUGAUGAGACGACCACUGCCACAGAUAUCCUCAGUCAGAUCAUCAGCGAAAGUCUCCUGGCCCCCUCCACUCCUGCACCGCCACCGCCACCUGUACAUUACAACAAGGUGGUAGAAGAAAUAAAGGUGGAGACUCCACAGAGCAAAAGUCAGGCAUUGCUGAUUGAUGUCAUGAAAGACCUGAAGGAGCUAAAUGACCUUAGUAGUGGGGGGACCUUGGACACCAAACAUGACAGUAAGAAAAACAAUUACUCAGGCGCUUCAUGGUCAAAGCCUGUCAAAACACCCGACAGUGUCUCCAAGACGUCUCAGUACCAGAAUGAGUUCUUGAAGCACCUGAGGAACUCCCAAAGCAACACUCUUUCCCCUGCAUCUAACCCCGCAUAUUCGAGGCACAGUGACAGCCCAUACGAAAACUCGCCAUAUUUAAAUGAAAUUAACAAAUCUGUUCUUAACUCUUCGCCGCACUUAUCUGCUCAGAGCAUGUCUUCACUGGCAGGAUCUCCUGGAAGUAAAAUUACUCAGAUGAACCAAGGUUGUAUCAUGAAAGCUCUUCCAAACACAGGGAUAUCAUCAGGAAACCCUCACAGGUUUAUAACACAGAUGGACUACGGGACAGACAAUCAGCACUUGUUGGGGCUCGGCCACUACGGACUGGCCGGCUGGCCAUAUUCUGGAAAUGAACCUCAGCAUCAGCAGUGAGAAGACCAACACCCGUCUAGUCUGUCUAGCACCUGAGUUAUACUUGUAACUAUAGUACUAAAAGUAUUCAAACUCAUAAUUCACAUGUAUAAUACUAAUGCAUAUAGAUAAACACCCUCAAAUUGAGUACAAAAAUAAGUCAUUUAAGCAGUAAUUUUUAUAAAAUUUAUUUUUUAAAGUUUAUUGUAUUUUAGAAAGAAUAUUAUUAAUUUAUCAUAACUAAAAAAUAGAAUCUUUGAGUAAUUAAAUUUCUAUUUUCUCUCUCUGUAACAGAGUAUUUUAGGCUGAAUAUUUUGAUUGUGAAGUUUGUGUUUUGUCCAAAAUUAUCAGCUGUAGUUAUAUUAUUUUGUGUAUGUUAAUUUGUUAUGUGUUCAGAUACAGGUAAAAUUUGUGUGUUCCUGAUGUGGUGAUAGUUAUGUGAUUUGCUUGUUCUGUAUUAUUCCUUCAGCUGGUCAAUAAUUUAAUUUUAAUGCUUACAUUAUUUUGAAAGAUUAUAGGGAAUGAAUUAAAUUGAAUGUAUAUUAUAAAAAGUACAUAAAAUAUAGAUUUCUAAGUUUAUUUUGCAUGGUUUUAAUGAGAAAAUCAUACAUAUCUAAACCGAAAACAAGACUCUACAGUCAAAUUUAGCUUUAAUGGAUUGUAUGCUUGGCCUUAGUCGACAAUGAUAUCGGUUUUCUACAAAUUCUAUUUAAAAAGCUUUAGUUUUUAUUCAUUGUAUAUUUCUAUAUUUAUUUGUAAUAGACAAGUUAUCUUAUUAUGCCCUGGUACGAAUUAAGACUUCUAAACUAAAGGUAUUUAAAAGUAAUAAUAUUUGUAAAUUAUUUUUGUUUAUAAUUAUUUAGCUCUAAGCAUUUUGAUAAGGUAUACUAUGUUUUGCUAUACAUAUAGUUAGUUGAAGUUAGAAGAGUAAAGAUUGUAUAUUUAUUAUAUAUGUUGUGUACUUUUGUGUUUAUGAGUAAAUGUUUUCUUCCGUUUUAGAUUUUGUAUUGUGAAUAUGAAGUUAAGAAAAUAUUACCAAGAGAAAUUUUAUUUAUUUAUUUUUAACUUGUUUGUUUUUCCUUACACUUUCCAUUACAAGCUCUAGUUAUGUAGCAGGUUAUAUUGAAUUCUCUCAUUGAUUGUUUUGGCACGUUUAUAGAAAAAUAAAUUACAGAAUUUAUUUAGAACAUUAAACCUUGACUGAUGUGUACAGUUUCAACAUAAAUGCACUGCAUCUGCAUAUUUCCCUAACUUAUAACAAAUAAAAAAAAUUGUGCACAGAAUUUUAAAAUUGGUAUUUUAGGCAUAGAAAUAGUUGAAAUACUUGUAAAUAAAAUAAGACAUAGGCAACUAACUGAAAAAUUAUUAGUGUGGACUUAAGAAAGAUGAUUUUGGUUUGGUUUAUUUGUUUACUCUGUCUGUUUAUUUCAGAUUUUAAACAAUUUCUUGUUAGUCUAAGAAAGUAUUGUGAUAAAUCAAUAUAAAAAAUCGUACAUUAAUCAGAUAAAAAUUGUAUUUAUGUGUCAAAUCUCUGGACAGAGACAAGUUCAGCAAUCAGCUUCCCUUCGGUCAACCGUCACUGUACUGUGAAACCUACAGAACAAUAAAAUGUAUUGCUAUGAAGUGUGCCUCUAUCCAGAGGCUCAUCACUAAUGAUAUAGAAGAUAUGGUGGGGCUGUGGAUGAAACUGUAAAUAUAGACAAUUGUGUUCAAUUCAUAAAAAAAAUGAAUUAUGAUCUAAUUUAGUCCAUCAUCUGGAGAGACCAGCAGAAGAAUGUAUCUUGUGUUAACACAUUGAGGUAGUUGUUACUGCAGCCUCUGCAGUCCUGGUGACAGCAGUUAAUUUUGGUGACGAUAUAAGUUUCCUUAUAAUGUGAUAAAUGUUUGUUUAUGGUAGAGCAAAGAAAUAAUUUGAAGCAUUGUUUAAAAGAAAUGCUCUAUAUUGUUAUAAAAAAUUUAAAUGAACAAAACAUUUUAUUUAAAUCUGUUUUAUUUAUAUAGAAUUUUUACAAAAAAAGAUUUAAGUGUGUAUUUAGAAUUUUUCUAUUAUUCCAUAAUGUUUUUACCUAGCAGAAAAUAAUUCAUUAUACGUUAAAAUGUUAACUUUGAAAAGCACAUACUUACCACUGUGCUUUUUCAAUUAUUUCACUAAAUUCAGUCACUAUAUUGUUCUACGGCAAAUACAUAGUUUACAAUACUAAAUUUAAAAAGCCGUCAAACUUUUUUUCUAAUAUAUAUUUAUAUAAAGUAUAUAAUUAUUCAUAUAUAUAUGUACGUAAAGUAAAUGCUUUGCAAUGAUACAAUUCCAACUUUUAUUAUUAUUGUUCACAAUAGUAAAGGCGAUAAUUGAUUACAAUAGAUCUUGAAUAUUUUCAGAAGUGAACUGCGUAAUGUUACAACUAAUUUUAUAACUGUAAUUCAACAAUUAAUUACUCAAAAAUGUAAAAUUGUAUUAUAUGAACAUUUUAUUAAAAUAUAAAAUAUUUUUAUAUGCAUAUUUAAAGACAAAUAUUGUGUUACAAUAAAUAAUAGUAGUGUUAAGAUUUUGCUGAGCACUUCUGGAGCUUAAGGUUAGAUUUUGUCAAACAGAAACAUAUUGACAAUGUGUCUCUUUUGAUAAUAAAUCAAUUGAAAAUAUAAAUUCCGCUAAAUUUAGCCCAACCCUACAUGUGAUAAGUGAACAAUCUCACUCCCUAAUCCACAUCUCCGGUUCUAGUGGUUGUCUUGUAACACCUUUGCUAGGAGAAUUCCAUAGCCACCUCAAACAACCGUUAUUUAGUAUUUUAUUCAUUAGAGAUGAUGGGCGGAAUUUGGUAAGAAGUAUUUGUAUUGAAAUAACCAAAUCACAGGCUCAGUUUCAUACAUUUCAUGUGCUACCUUUGUAUAAAACUAUAGCCAUUGUACCAAACACAGCAUAAGAUUCUUAAAAAGUCACCAUUGGGAACUUUGGCGAGUAGCAAUCUUCAAUGUAUAUAAAUAAAUAGUGAGCUACAAGCAAAUAUUUUUAUUUUAAUAUUCAUAAAGAAGAAACAAAGGUUAAAUUAAAAAUAUAAUCUGUAGGAUUUUGGUGUAACAAGAAUAGGAAGAGGGAUGAGUUCACUCAAUAGGAAGCUUUUAAAUCUGCAUACUUUGUAUUCUAUUUUGCAAAAUGUACAUUAUUACAGGUCAUUGCAUCAACAUUGUAUAUGUUGAAAUGUAUAACAUUAAUAUUAAGUGAUGGAAUAUAUCUACUUCCAGGAACUAAAUUGUCUAUAUAAUUGUUUAAAUCAUGGACCAAAUAUAUUAAUAGGCAUUUGACAACAUUUUAGAAAACAAACUGUUGAACUCCUUGUUUCAAAAAAUAAUUUUAAACAUCUAAAGUUUUUGACAUAACCAGUUUAGUGCCAUAGUAAUAAUGCUGGGCAAUAAACUUUUAUUUUAAAGUAUAGCUGACUUAGUGCGAGGUAUUGAUUGGUAUACAAUUAAAGUUUUAUAAGUAAAAGUCUUUUAUACAAGAAAAACCAAAUUAUGUUUUCAAACCACAUUUAUUUUUAGAUUAUACAGUCAUACUUUUCUUUAUUUUCUACAUAAUUUCCUUGUUUCUUUAAAUAUUUGUCAUAUUUUAAAACUGAGUUUUGAAAUUCUUCUUUAAAGACAUUGGUUUCUUGCUUUGGCAGCCAGGAAUUUAUGGCUGUUGAAAUAUUGAAUUUUCAAAAAAAUGUUUCUCAGUAAGAUAUGUUUCAGAUGCAAAAAAAGGUGGAAUUUACUCUGAUCAAUGUUGGGUUAUAAGUGGGUGAUCCAAAACAUCCCAGCCAAGACAGUGAAUCAUUUUCUGAGUCAGGAAAGUAGUGUUAGGCCUUACAUUAUUAGGAGGAACAAGAUUCCUUUGUCAUCUGCUGUGUUUUUGUUCUGAAUUGCUUGCGGGGCUAGAUCAGUGUUACACAGUAGAUUUCUGUGUUAUGGUCAUCCCUUGUGGCAUACAGUCUGUCAGAAAAAUAGCAAGCCUACCUCAGAACAUAGUUGCCACGAUCUUGCGCAGUGACAUCAUUUGGUUGGCUUUAAUCUUGAAAGAGAGAUUUUGUCCAUCCAUUUCAUUUACUGUUGGUUAGAAUCAGGAGUAUUAUAAUGUGGUAUACCCACAUCUGUGUUGAUUUGAAUCAACGUGUCAUCCUCUUUUUAUAUAACGAGUCAUAAAGGUCAAGGGAUUGCUAAAUCUCUUUCAUUUGUGGUUUUCUGUAAGGAAUUUGGUUUCCCAUCAAGAACUACAGCACUACAAAUAGUGCUUGCUUGAACCACAAGGCAAGUGUCUUUACUUUAAAAUGCUCCUCGUUAUAUGUUAUUAAAAAUAAAGUGAACAAGUAAAUGAAAUUGACUAGGAUUGGAUAUAUAUAUCCAACUAUCCAGAGUGGUUGGUAAGUAUCCAUGAAUUGAGUGCUGUAAGCCAAAUCUGAUUAUAUCCUGGUCAAGGGGUGCUUUCAUAAGUACCCAGCGUCCGCUGCUGCAAUCAAUAUUUCUCUCACCAUAUAAAAUAAUUAAGUCUGCUGAGAAAAAAACAGUUCCUUAUAUAGUGUGAAGUAUUGAAGAUUAUUAAAUAUUAUUGAUUAUUAUAUAUUGAUACUUUAUUAUUUAGUCAAACUAGGAAAGGCCCUUUCCAUUUCACAAGUCACCCUGGUUUGUUUCGUUAUUUUGUUUUUUUGGUCUUAAAAACUGGAUUAGUACACAAAAAGAGUUGUGUAUUGGCAUCAAGUUUUUUAUAUUCUGGUUGACAAUUUUUCAAAGAUAACAGACUUGAGAAGUCCAUUGAGAAGAAUAAUCCUUUUAGGAUUACCUCACUAAAAUGUGUUAUAAAAACUUUGUUAUACUGGAUUUUGUUGAAAGUCUCUAGCAUCAAGAAUGGCAUUUAUGGAAUCGUUCCAUUAUGUCCUACCUUAAACCAUUGAAGGAAUAUUUAUUGAGGCCUCUGCAGUACCUGUAGCAGCAAAUAAUUGGGCAAAAAUGCAUGGAUUUGGUUAAAGCGUUCUAAAACAAAAUCCGUAAAAGAUAGAGCAUUAAAUCUUUCACCACUGUUUUUACAGUACAAUCUUCAUUAAAUAUACUUAAUGCCAUAUUUUUAAUGAAAUUAUUAAUUAAAAAAUUAAUUUUGUAAACAAAACAUACAUAUUUUUUAAACAAUUUUAUUAUUUUUAGUUACUCUCUAAUUAACUCUCUGAUAUACCUUACCUAAGGUAUGAAAAUGUAUAAACAUUUUCUUGCAUAUAUCUCAAACCAUAUGCUCAAAAAUAAAAUACAGGUGAAUAUUGUGAGUAAUGAUUUUGCUGGACAUUUGUUCAAACUUCUUGUUUCCUUAGAAAUUCAGAUUUUUUAAAAUUCUCUACACAAAAGUACUUUAAAUAAAUUGAAACAUAUUGUACAUUGGAAAAACCCAAAUAACCUUCAUGUUGACAUUCAAGUUCUUCAUUCUCGCACAAACCACGAAUCGGCAAAUGGUUUUUGAGUAAGUGAAAUAAUUACGACUUCCACACUUGCAUCACAACCACUGACAUCAGUGUUACCCUUUUAAUCACUGUCUAAAAACAAAGAAGAACACUCAGUAUUUUUACAUCCAUUACGAUCAAUCUCGCAACUAAACAAAAGUAAAUACACCUAACCCCGCAUAUAACAGCUGACAAACGAAACGUUCUCACUAACAUGUGGUGAAAUUCAGUUCUGCCAGUAACAAAAUGAAAUUAAAUGUAUUAUCUUCUUAGUAAAGCAACCUGUAAAGAUCAUGACAAUGAUGUCUGCCGGAUAUUUUCAGAACUAGAAUCGCCCAUAACAAUAAAGAGUGGCUAAACAUAGAACACGUAACCAGCACGAGACUUGGCAUUCAGUCACUCACUAAUGGGUUAAUUGUUUUAGAGAGGUUUCAUCCAGCUUAAAUUGACGAGUUUGAAGGAGUGAUGAAAUCUCCUGAGAUGAGACUGGAUUAUUAAAGAGAACCCUUUUUCUGGACGUAACCUGUUCCACUGCUCCAUUAUCUUUAUUAGCUGUAAUUAUAUAGAGAAAUCUAAAUCUUUAUUCCUAAACCUAUCCUUUCUUUUCUCUUCAGGAUAGAUUUUAUUUAGCUAAUAAAAUGUCACCAGAAUAGUGUAAUGCCCUAAAGUUUGUAGUCAUUGGAAAUAAUCACCAUCUCCUUUUAUGCACCUCUUAUCAUUUACUAUGUAGUAGCUAUUGGAUCUGUCAGACAAUACUAAACAUGGAGAAAAUAACAGUUAAUCUACUGAGUUUUUGUUGUGGUAUAAUCUGUUUUGCUUCUUGACAUGCACAUAUGUUCAGUCUUGAAAUUUCAAAUUUGUGGGAAUAAUAAUUAGAUUUUGUACCUCUUGUUCAUGUGAUAUUAUGAGAUAAAAUGUUCUUGUUUUCAGAUUAUUUUCCUUAAUGACAAGCUAUUAAAUUUGGAAUAUUGUUUGUUUUUAGCACAACUUGUCAACCAAUUUAAAAAAUGCAAAAUGGUAGAAAUUUAAUUCUUAAAGGCAGUUUUAAUUUCUAAAACAUUAUUACAUGUACGUUGCUUGUAUAAAACGGAAGAAAUAAAUUUUUAUUUUCAAUAAACCGACAAUUAGUUAACUAGUUUUGUAAAUUCUGUACUGUAUGGUUGGAAGCCAAAAAUACUGAGAACAAAUUUCUUUUGUAAUGAGAUGAUUAUGUGUUCAGAUCUCAUAAAUACUGCUGUCAUUAUGGGAUAGUUUUGAAUGGAAAUUCAUGAAUUGAUCCAUCAUUUUAUGUGCAAAUGACUUAUUUUUAUAUGUAUUAUUAUAGGAAGAAUCUGCUUGAAAUUCUUGUAGAAGACUGUAUCUACAAAGUAUCUGCCUCUAUAUUUAUUAUAUAUCAUUAUGAUAUGUGAUAAAAACCUAAAAUUAGGUUUAAAAAGAACAAAAUUAUGAAAUUUAUAAUUGAACCAAAUGAUACUUUAUUUCUAGCUUUAUAUUUCUCUAUAUUUUUUGGAAGCUGGUUAGGAAACAAAAAUACAAGAACUUUUUUUAUCAUGUGUUGAAUUUAGUAAUUUCUCAGAACGUUUGCCAAAAUUAAUCAACUGAAGUGUUUGUUCUGAAGUAUAAAAAGAAGGGUUAGGUUUACUGUGUGUUUUAAUGCUGAAUCAAAAGUCAGCAACAAGUUUGAGAUAUUGUUACUAGAUUUGGUUAAAAUUUGAACAAUCCUUGGAUUAAGUAUAUAUUAGUGCUUGAUAACAUAUAUAGAGGAAAUGUAUUAUUAACAUGUUCUUUCUUUCCAAAAACUGACUACCCACCCCAAGACUAGACACUGUGCUGCUUGGGAGCCAAAGCAAAGGCCACUGGCCCAUAAGGACAGGUAGAAUAAUGCUAAAAAUGGGGUAACCCUCCUUUAAAAAAAAAAGAAAAGAGGGGUGUAUAGUAUACUAUAAUUAGACUAAUAUUUGUAUCUAACAUGUUCAAUCUGAAAGCUUAAAAUACUUAUAUUGAUACUCAAUUAUCAGGUCAAAAAGAUAAUUGACUGGAUAAAACAGACAGAAUAACUUAUAUUACGUUUCAGAAAGUUUUGGAAUAUAUGUAGCAGAGAAAUUUGAUUUCGGUUUCAAAUUUGUUCUAGUUUAUGAAAACCAUUAUAAUUAUGUGUGUUUUAAAAAGUCACAGCAUUUUUGUGAAUACGUAUUGUAUUUUUAUUUUAUUACAUAUUUUCUACAAUGUUAAGUUAUGAAAUUUUCACCAUAAAAACCAAUGUGGCGUAUGAAAGAGGCAACUUUGAGUUAGUUUGUAAUCUCACAAAUAUUUUCUAGCUAGAUACAAGUACUUUGAUGAAAUCUUUCCAGUGCUUUUAAACUAGUUUCUUGUCCUGGCAUUUGUGUAGAUAAUUUAAUUUCUCUCUGUAGUAGCUAGUUAUCUAUACUAGCUUAACUUUAUUAAGAGCCGGCUCUACUGGCGGCCAUCUUUACUAGUUCCAUAAGCACAAUUUUAGACCUCAUGCAUCAUUACAACCUUAUUUUUAGUCGUUUAGUUUUUAAAUGUUAUUGAGAAAAAGUCUCCAGUUUAUUGUAAUUCACCAUUAAAUUAUUCAAAAAGCAUACAUUGUAGAAAAUAUGUAUGAAACGGUUCAAUACUUGUUAAUUAUAUUUUUAUAUGAGACUCCUCCCAUAACACUAUGAUCAAAAAUAAAACAUGAAAAUGAGGUUUAACAUUGUUCUUACAGGUGAAAACUCAAGGUCAUUUCACUAUAGCCAGCUCUUAAUUUAAUUUAUUUCCAUCUUGUCUUUCUAAUUUGGUUGUUUGUUAAUUACUUUCACAUUUUUUGUUAAAUAGCUCUUUUUUCUUCUGAAUUGUUUCUGUACAGUCACUAUCAAAUGGCGUUGUUGGUAAUAAAUAAAUAUCCUGUGACUCCCAGGCUUGAUAGAAUCUGUUAAAUUUUUAUACUCAAGAUUGUACUAAUUCCAAACAACUCUACCACUGUCUUCACAUAAUAUAUUGAUAUUGUAAGUAUGUUUUUUGGUAGAAAUCCUUUUUAUGAGUAGAAUUAUUGGUCCCGUAGACAUUUUUAUUUGUGAAAUCUAUUUAAAUAAUUUAAAAUAUUUAUAGUAGUACUAUUUUUAAAUGUUAUUUAGAGAUUCUUAUAUAGUUUAAAUAUGGUAAACUUGGAAGUUGUACAAACAUUUGUUUUUUUAAUUGAGUUUGGUAGUUGAUAAACAAAUCCGGAUCUCCGAAAAUGUAAAUAAAAUACAUGCAAUUUAUUACUGCCAUUGUUUUAAACACUUGAUUCAAGAUGUAGAUAUAUAUAAUAUGAUUUUAACAACACUUGGUUUGUACAGUUGUGUACAUACGUUAGACUCAUAACCAAGAUUACAUAGCAUUGUUACUGGAAAGUGAUAUUUUGACAGUUUAUAUUCAUGUAGAAAAAGUCAUGUAAUGAAAAAGCACAAUAAAUCAUAUUGUUUGCUUUUUG